CAUGCGUGCAUAUGCAAUAAGGCCCGGCCAUGCCUUCCGCUGGGGCCGACUUGUAAUGGUUUUCACGCCGACACAGCCGAUGUUGGCGAUCUUUUCUCGAACGGAGUAUGGCGUCAAUCCCUACUGUUAGGAUUACACCGGCUGGAAAUGUUCGACCGGGAGAUAGAGUGAUUUGCGUUUAGCUGGAAUGAACGUCGAUUUAUAGUUAGCCUCCAUUCUCCUUUGCCGUGAUGUCUGCAGUCGAACUCGCCAUGAGCUGGGGCCCUGUCUAUUAGAUGCCUGACUAUCUCUGCCAACAGUAUUCUACCACCGUUACUAUGCUGACGACAAAUUCCUCGUCUUGGUGUAUGCAAAGGCACGGAUCAAAACGUUGAAGCUAACCCGUUGGGAGAUUCAUCGAGUGGUACUAUUUCACAUAUGAACAAGAGGUAAGGCCCUACCCCUUUGUUUCAAGAUACACCGAUGUAUUGGCUUCUGUGGAUCGUAAGUGGCCAAAUUCGAACGGAUAUAGGGAUAUGCAUUUCCCCGGUAUCUGAGGUGUGUCUAGAGAUAUCGCUACUUAGACGAUGGACUGUUGUUCUAAGAAAAGACUACUAACCGUCAUGACGAGCAUUUGUGCGUGUGCGGCAUUCGGCUUACUUUGCAUCGCCGUUGCCACAGAUUACUGGCUAUAUACUGAAGAGAAGAAAAAGGAAUCCGAAUUUAACACAACUACCCCCUUGUACCGGAAAGUUUACUCAGGACUGUGGAGAAAGUGCGAAGGUAAAGCCAAAACUGUCCAGGAAUACGAAUUUCUCCAAGGAAACAUGAUCCCUCCAGAUCAGAAUUACGGAGUGCCAAGAUGUAGCUAUAUCAAGUACUUCACGGGGGACGACGAUCGGGAAGGACUAGGACCUACUGACGCUAUACUGUUAAACAUACGACGGGCGACGAUGUUCCCCCUUGUCAGCCUAUUAAUUCUACUGAUCGGAGGAAUAAUGUGUUUUGUCGGACAUUGUAAUUCGGGCAGAAAAAUUUUAACAUUCGUAUGUGGAAUUCUAUUUGUUUUAGCUGGCCUCUGCACCCUCGUCGGGAUUAUCCUCUACAUCGGCAGCAUUACAGAAGAGGUAGGCAAUAAGCCCCGGGCCAGUAUAGAAGAGCCUAAGUUUAAAUACUAUUAUGGAUCAUCCUUCAUCAUGGCAGUCGGUUCGUUCGUUUUAACUGAAUUAUCAGGCGUGUUUUCAGUGUACUUGUAUAUUACAAAGCACAAACAAUCACAAAGGAAAAAGCUACAACAAGCAUUGAAAACUGAAACAAACGACAAUAGAUCGAACAACUGGCGGUAUAGGCGACCUAGGUCUCAGUCUCGCGACCGGUCUCAGUCACGUGACCGAUCUCGAGAUCCUUCAGUAAGUCGCUCUGAAAGCUACUUCACCUAUACGCCAAUCUCCGAUACUUCUCAUGAAUUGUCGAACUACACAUUUCAAAGGGAUGUAUCUAGAAAUACUAUAUCCACAACAGCGGAAAUGCACGCUCAUGCGCAGCAUGCGCAGAAGGAGGCCGCUGCAGCGCCCUCUAUUGAUAUUGUAAGGAGGACAACUCCAGUGUGACGGAUUUCACCCUGCAACAGCACAGGCUCAUGUCAAUUGUAGAGAGGUAUCAAUAUCUGUUUUGUUGGAUUUGAUGUGUUACGUCUCGGUAUACGGGACCUGGUGUAUUUGUGAGUGAGUGCCGUAGGCAUUUUGUGAAGAAAUGGACGAGAAUUCAUUGUGGUUUUUCAAGACGGCAAACCUAAUGUUGUGGAAUAUGAUAUUCAUUGAGUGUGUUUGUCGUCUGCGCCAGGACAAAGCCUGUUGAUGGUGGUGUAUCUGGUCCCUCCAACGAGACCGGAUGUGUAUGCGCCCACGACAAAGCGAUAACAUCGAGGGGAGGAAUGUGGACUCUGGUUCUGCCACCAGAGGUCGCGCGGAGAAGGUCAGUAUCAGGCCACGUGCUGGGAAAAGCAGGUUGACCUUGUGGCAGGUCAAGGUGAAGGUCAGGGUCAAGGUCGACCCUUCAAGAUGGCGCCGCACCCCGUGUCGGUAUGCCAAUAUCAUCAUUGGAUUCCUUUUUUUCUUUUUGAUUUUCCAAAUAAAGGGAUGUAUUGGUUUCGUGUUCAUAUGUAUAAUGUUUAAUAUGAAGAAAAGUAUAAUGUUUUGGUCGAAUGUGUACUAGAUAUCACAACUGCUCACAAAUGUUGUUUAAUUUUGCUGAGCGCUUUUUGGGAAACUAAGUCAUGUUUUGUUCUCAUAUAGGGUCGCACAAGUUUUCUGUUCUGUCUGUACAAAAGUCAAAAACUUUUGUAUGUCCAAUUUUGUACAAUAAAAGAGAAAACUACA